UGCGCAUUACGGUAGUUGUGACGUAGCUAGUGUAGUUCUUCUUUAGCUAGUUCUAUUUAUACGCUAGUUCUAUUUAUCGACAUUCUUUAUUCGUCUUCUACGUAUGGCUGCCGCUGAAAGGACGUUUUCUGACGUUAAGGAAGUUAUUCUUUCUGCGCAUAAAGACACAGUUGCUGAAGAUAAAGUCGGCUUCUAUAACAAAUGGGCAAAUAAUUAUGAACAGGAUGUAGAUAUACUGGAUUACCGUGCCCCUUAUCUGGCUGCAGAGUGCCUGUCUGCAGCUUUCCAAGGAGACAGGGCUCGAGCGGUGGUUCUUGACGUGGCAUGCGGCACUGGACUGGUCGCCUCAUUGUUACAGAAAAUGGGAUUCCAGAAUUUCCACGGUGUGGAUGGCAGUGAGGGGAUGCUGCGUCUGGCCCGUAGAAAAGGACUGUACCAGGACUUGAAGCAGUGUAUUCUGGGAGCUCGGCCACUUCCAGCUCCAGCCGAGAGUUAUGAUGCUGUUCUUAUAGUUGGGGCUCUCAGUGUUGGACAAGUUCCCUGCAGCGUCAUUAGAGAGCUGUGGCAGGUCACAAAGCCAGGAGGAUAUGUGUGCAUGACCACAAGGGCCAACGCCUCUAACAGGGAAUAUAAGGAGGAGCUGGAGUCUGUGCUGCGGCCGAUGGAGCAGGCGGGCUUGUGGAGCAGAGUGACAGUGCUGGAAGAAGACCUGUGGGAGAAGGCUGUGUCAGACCAAGAAUCAGGCUACAUCCCCGGGGUAGUGUACCUGUACAGGAAGUCUGUGGGAGCGACACAUGAACAGUUCAAUGCAAUGAAUCAAUAAGUAUAACAUUGUAAGAGGAUAGCGCCCCCUAUCGUUGUCACUCCAAAUCAUUGGAAUUCAUAUCAAUCUCAAGUUCUGUUAUGGUUACGGUGAAAAAAAAAUAGUUAUUAUCAAAGUGGACUCAUUACUUAAAUCAUCUUCUCUUUCCCAAAUGUGUCACUGCUGUAGAAGUAUCCUGUUGCUGGCUUGUCAUACAAUAACAAACCAGAAAUAAACAACUCAAUUAAAAAAAAAAGUUUUAUGUGUGGUCGUUAAUGUACCUGUAUUAUUAAUUGAAGCUCAGUGUUAAUGUACCUGUAUUAUUAAUUGAAGCUCAGUGUUAAUGUACCUGUAUCAUUAAUUGAAGCUCAGUGUUAAUGUACCUGUAAUUUGAAGUGUAUCCAAGAUUUUUAUACAGGUUACAGAUUACUAGCCACGUCUUUAAACAGAUACGAAGGACUUUAAUACAUAUCAUGUAUUUAAAACUGAAGAGAUUUUGUUGUGUAUUUUAGGAGGGUAUGUGGGCAUAACUGCGUUGGGCAGGUUACCAAGGCUUUCAGAAAGGGGACCGAGUCUUUGCUUCAGGGGAUGGAGCAAAAAGGGGCUGUGGGAAACAGUGGUAACAAACGAGGGAGAGAAGUUUGAAAAGGCAGUUUUGGAAGAUACUUCAGACUACAUGCCUGGGUAUGUGUACGUGUGCAAAAAGGCUUAAACAUCCUCUUCUAAAGACAGGCAGCUGCAGCUGAUAGUUGAUUUUUUGUAUUUCUUUUCGAUGCUGUAUAUAAUGUAACUCACGGCAUGCUGCCAACAAAAAUGAACCUGACAAGCUGUGUUUAAACCGUACUGUACAGCACUUUAUUAAAAAAUGCAUUCAUUCAUUUUCUACAGUUCAA